AUUUGGAAAUGUCAAGAUGAAAAGACAGGGAGUGGCUGUUUCAAAGAAGCUGAAAUUUAACCCACGAACAAGAACAGGAAUGACAGUUUGUGCUGACCAUGGCUGGCAAAAAAGGGGAUUUGAUAGUCUAACAGGUAUUUAAAGAACACGGAUUAUCCCCUGGUCAUCAUACACUGAAAUAUUCGGAGAAGAUGGACAUGGAAAGACAGAAGAGACAGGAAAGAUCAAAGUUGCCUGGAAAGAAGCGCCGUCGAUUGGAAUUGAAGCAGGAGAGAAUUACCCAAAAAGGAGCCAAUGAAGCAGCUGAAGGAGAUACAUAUCAAUCAGAAGUUGGACUUUCUGACCAAGUCGACAUCCAGACUAUUCCUGAUGCAGUUCCCAAACCAGGAUUCACCAAAGUCGACCACCUGAACGAAGUUCAAGAGAAUAGGGUCAUUAUCGACCUAGAAACUACAGGAUUGAUUCAGCGUGGACUAAUGCCUCAUAUCACACAGAUUGCUGCACAAGUUAUGGAUUCUGAUGCCGAGUUUUCAUAUUAUGUUUCACCUAAAGUACCCAUCAAUGAAAAUGCUGAGCAGAUAACUGGGAUAUCCUGGGAUGGUGAACACAUGACUGUGCACGGAAAGCAAGUGGCAACUGUAUCGAUAACAGAAGCACUUUCAAAAUUUUUAAUUUUUUUGAAGAACAUUAGCAAUGUUGUUUUGAUUGCACACAAUGGAAGAGUUUUUGACUUCCGUGUUCUAUCCUAUGCUAUAUGUAGAGUAGGAAUGAUGAAUGAAUUUUCAAAUCAUGUUUUAGCAUUUGUGGAUUCUUUGUCAUCAUUGCGUUCAAAAGUUCCAAAACUUGGUUCUUAUAAGCAAGAAUUUCUAGCAGAAUAUUUCUGUCAAGAAUCUUACAAUGCUCAUGAUGCAGUUGAUGAUGUCAAAAUGCUAGCUAAGAUUUUGUGUGCAAGUGGCAUGACAAAAGCAAAUUAUGUAAAACAUUCUUAUGCAUCAAAUUGUCAUUUUUUACAAGAAGAGUUCAAUCUUGCCAAGGCCAAAAAUAUUGGCACCCUACAUUGUCUUGUUGCCAGUGGUGUUCUCAAAUUAGCUACUGCAGAAAAUAUAGCAGGUUCUGGCCUAAAUCUACAACAUUUGAAACUUGUUUGGCAGAGAGAUGGUGAAGAUGGUCUGAGAAAUAUUUUUACUGCAAAAAAUUGUAUCGAGAAACCACGUGUUACCAAAGAUAAAAAGUUGUUGGGAAAUAUUAUUCCAAAGCUUUGUUCAUUUUUUGAACAGUAAAUUUGUCAUGUUUUAUAAGCAUGUUUUGUGUUUGACACAUGUAAAGUUGAUACAUUAGCUAUUUGGUCUUUAGAUGUGAAAAGUAAACUUUAUAUGAUAAUGAGCAUUUCCUGAUGAUUCAAGGUCAGGUCGAUGUUAGUGACAUUUAUCAUUGUUUUAUUAAGAGUUCCUAUGCUUUCAUUGUUUGAAUGAUACAUUUUUCAUAUGUCUGUUAAUUUUUUUUUCCAAAUUGGAAUGUUGCAUCAAAAUGUUUCAAUGUUAAGAUUUUUGUAUGGGGGGGGGGGGGGAUGUGGUUCAACAUAGCAUAAUGUAAGUUUCCUAUGGUAAAUGUCUUUAUAAUUGUGGUAAACAAAAAUAUAGGGAUUGAACUUCAUUUGCAGUACAUUAUUUGUGAAAAGUUUACAUUAUCUUUUUUUUAAAAACAGCGAUUUUGUACAUUUCGCCGUUUUGCACUUGAAUUUUUGUAUUGGGGGUGGGGGUGUUCAACAUAGCAUAUUUAAAGUUUUCUACGGUAAAAAUCUUUAUAAUUGUGCUAAACAAAAAUAUAGGGAUUGAACUUCAUUUGCAGCAAAAUAUUUGUGAAAUUUCUGCAUCAUUUUUUUUAAAAACAGCAAUUUUGUACAUUUCACCUUUUUGCACUUGAAUUUUUAUUUUUCUAUUUUUCAUGUUUUCUCAUAGUCAGUCUGUCUUUUUGAUGUUAGAAGUGUUUUAAAAUAAAAAUCAUGCUAUAAUAAUAAAAGAAAACUUUAAAUGUC